GCCAGAUCGUUUGCCCUGUACCCUGACACCUGACUGGGAUGCGGUAGAUUAAAAUAGAUCGCAUUCUUGUUCCUUCUGCCUAGUAAGAACUCACAAAACUCGUCAGAUAAGCAAUUAUCACUAUCGUCCAUACAACCGAAGAGUCCAUAAAUGGAGGAUUAUGGACCAACUAUUUCAUUGCUAGCAAGUGGCACUUUCGUAAACGAUCUUCGGCUAGUCUCCCGGUUCAGAAUUACUAUAAUCAAUUUCAUUUCUAUCUUUCAACACAUCUUCAUUUACUGGUUCAGCAUGUGGAGAAUCACUAUCACUGAGCUCAUCGCUUUCUAUUUCAUAUGGCGCCAGACUGACACCACCUAG